AUGACAUAUCCUUCUGCAGGUAAUCAACAGCAUGGCAUUGGUGACUUUCGUAUUCCCAAGGUAGCAAUGACAAACCUAAGUGGCAACAGAAUUAAUAUAAGCUCUAUUUAUCCGUAUCGUGGUAUCAGUCGUAGUAAUUCUUGCAUCCUUCAUUCAUCGUGGGGAAUGUAUCAAUGUAAUUAUGUCUCUGACCAUCGUAUGUUGAUCAUUGAGAGUAUGGAUUCAGAUACUGAAACACGACGUAUUUCGCCUGUUGCUAUCAUGUCUAAUAAUGGCUAUAUUGAUUUGAUCAACGGACCUAGCAAUCAUCUUGUUUGCAAUGGAUAUGCCUGUCGACGACGCAUUUCAACAUUCAUGGCCAUUGUUAAAUCAGGACAAGUAUAUCAGAUCUAUUUAACAAGUACUCCACCGAAGCGUAUACGUUUUCGACUUAUUAAUGCUGAUUCAACAAUUAAAUGCAUAUUGGCUUUGUACUACAAUUCAUUACAACAGAUUGACGUUUAUGCCAAUACUGUUUACAUGUCACCAAUUAACCGGGAUCCGAAUUCAACUGUUCUCAAACUUCUUGAUCAACCCAACAAUCUUACCUUUUCAUCACCGCCCGGUGCUAAUUAUUUUGACAGAACCUAUCAAUUAACUUAUUUCGUUAUCGAUGGUAAUACGAUGGUAGAAUUAAAAAUGUCACCACUGCUUAUUCUCAAUUUCGGACUACCACCGAUGGAUCCAGCCAUGUUUUACACUGGUAACAUUCGUGCCAAUUUAGCUGCUCUCUUCAAUAUCAGUCCCGAUAAAAUUCGACGUGUUAGUAUUAUAUCAGCUUCGAAUCAAACGUAA